ACCUAAUUUCACAAUAUAAUAAUACUAUUCUCUCUAACUCUCUUUUUCCCCCUUUCUCUUUCUCACACGCACCGCAGCGCAAGAACAUUCAUCUCUGGAGAAAACCCUCUUCAAAAUUGUUACUGCUUUCUUCUGAUUCCAUUUCUGCCCAAUUGCUAUAAUCAAUCAAUCAAUUAUGGUGGCAGACGCCCAAGUUUUUUGUCAUCCAACCCUCGCCGUUCAGUACCUUUGUCUUCCGUCUCCCACGGCGCCAAAAAUUGAGCCCGAUAUUUUCGAUGUCGCUCGCGACCCUACUGAUACGCCGAUCUCCAUCGACCUCUCUCGUCGUGACUCGGCUCUAAGCUGCUCCACAAGUGUACCGACCACCACACUAUUUGAUUCUACAACCAGAAAGUAUGCUCCAAAAAUUCGAUCAGGUAGCCACACUGAUAUUGGGCCUCGCAGUUCUAAUGAGGAUGAGCACAUUCGAAUUGAUGACCUAUGCUCUCACUUGGGAUCCAACUAUACUUGGCCUGAGUCAAGUUCUUUUUAUGCUGUAUUUGAUGGUCAUGGUGGCCCUGAUGCAGCAGUUUACAUGAAGAACAAUGCAAUGAGAUUUUUCUUUGAGGAUGCUGAAUUGCCUCAAACAGCUGAUAUUGAUGAGAAGUUCUUGCAGGAUUUGGAAACUUCUCAUCGCAAAUCAUUUUUACUAGCUGAUAAAGCAUUGGCUGAUGAACACAGUAUUAUCGAUUCGUAUUGCGGAACAACAGCACUUACUGCACUGGUUCUUGGAAGGCAUCUGCUUAUAGCAAAUGCUGGCGACUGUCGGGCUGUUCUUUGUAGGAAAGGAAAUGCUGUUCAGCUAUCGCAAGAUCACAGGCCCUCUUGUCAGGUGGAACGACAAAGGGUUGAGAAUUUGGGUGGUACUAUUGAAUAUGGAUACCUGAAUGGUGAACUUGCUGUUACUCGAGCUCUUGGAGACUGGUACAUGAAACUCCCAUUUGGUUCUGCAUCACCACUUACAGCUGAGCCAGAAUUUCAAUGGACUUUGUUGACUGAGGACGAUGAAUUCUUGAUAAUUGGAUGUGAUGGGAUUUGGGAUGUUAUAUCAAACCAGGAGGCAGUUAGCCUAGUACAUAGUGAGCUUAGGCUUCACAAGGACCCGCAGCAGUGUGCCAGAGAGCUCAUCAAUCAAGCAUUAAUGCGGGAUACAUGCGACAAUGUGACAGCCAUUAUUGUGUGUUUCUCUUCCCCUGAGAAUCAGGACUCAGUUGCUUCUCGAAGGCCGAGAUUGAGACUCUGCAUGUCCGAUGAGGCACGGAGCAAGUUGAGGAGCUUAUUAGAAGGCAAUUGAAUGCAAAUCCGUUGGUAUAAUUACUUGCCUUGGGCAGACUGCUAGAGCUAUAGCAAGAUUGUUUGUACAGAUGAUUACAUCUAUGAUUCUUUGAGUCAAUUUUGAGGUGGCGAUAGAUACAAGUGGGAAAAGUAACCCUGAGGUGUGUUAGGAGUAGAUUGAAGAUAAAAUUUUGGUAGCUGGUGAGUUAUGCCAGAAUAUUAUUUGGAUUAAAACAGUUUUGAUGAUGAUGAUGGGAUUUAUUUCUGUA